AUGAAAGCCCUAAGUGUUGUUUUGAUGAUUGUUUUUGUUUGUGAUAUAAAUGCCCUCUAUACACGAGUCUGUGGUCCUCAUUUAACGCAGUUGUUAGAAGCCGUAUGUGUUAACGGCUACAAUGGAAUGCAGAUGGCCAAGAAGUCUACAUAUAAGCCAUUGACUUCAGACAUUGACGCUAUAGAUAUAUACAAUGAGAUCGAUGAUGAUAUAUCUCCCUUCAAAUCGAAUUCCUUGUUAAAGGAUAUGUUGUACGGGGAACGUAUUAACACCUUGGCCAAAACCCGUAGGCAACGACAUUUAUCUGGUGUUUAUGAUGAAUGCUGUCGUAAACCCUGCAACAUGGAUGAAUUACUAAGUUAUUGUUUGUAA